UCUCAUUUAAUUAAUUAAUUGAUCAUAUAUAUAUAUAUAUAUAUAUAUAUAAAGAGAAAGUUGGAGCUGUGCGUGUCACCAGUUUUGGCUGAAUAUUAGCGUCGCUUUCUUCUUCUUCUUCUUCUUCUUCUUCUAUGAGAGAGGGAGAUAUAUAGCUGAGGAAUCUGAAAUAUUAGCGAUGAAGAAAGUUUGCUGGCCGUACUUUGAUCCCGAGUUUGAUAGCCUCCCAGAGAGGAUCUUUGGCCCAAGUUGUAGAGUUUGCAUAGACAAUGAAAGCUUAGAAGAUUGCACCAGGGUCAAGGUAGAUAGCGUAAACAAGCAGGGUCUCCUACUAGAAGUAGUGCAAGUCCUGACAGAUAUGAACCUCACUAUUUCCAAGGGAUACAUUUCCUCUGAUGCUGGAUGGUUCAUGGAUGUUUUCCACGUCAAAGAUGCGCAUGGCAACAAACUCACAGAUCAAAGAGUCAUCAACUACAUCCAGCAGGCCAUAGGAACGCCGACGAGAGAGGCCAGAAAAGCCAAGCCCUGCACCAGCAAGCAGAUGUUGGAAUCCCAACAAGCAGAAGCUCACAGUGAUCAGCACACGGCCAUUGAAAUGACAGGAACCGAUCACCCCGGUCUCUUCUCCGAGAUAUCAGCCGCCCUCGCCGAAAUGCACUGCAACAUAGUUGAGGCCCAUGCAUGGAGCCACAACGCCCGCUUGGCCUGCGUCGCCUACAUCUCCGACCAGUCUACUGACUCCCCCUUCGACCGCCAUCGCCUCGCUGCCAUCGAGGACCACCUCACCACUGUCCUCCGCGCCACCACCUCCCCGGCCGCCCAAGUCAAGACUGCCGCUGGCCUCCGCGAAGCCGAAGGCACCAUGAUGACCAGCAUGGAGCGCCGGUUGCACCAGCUCAUGCUAUCCGUCAGAGACUUCGACAGGCCAUCCCGGGCGACGUCACGGGUGUCGCCGCCGAGACUGGGCGGCGAUGAGGGGCGUAAGAAGGGCGGUGUGUGGAUAGAGAGUUGUAGCGAAAGGGGAUACUCCAUCGUUAGCGUCCAGUGCAGGGACCGGCCACGACUCAUGUUCGACACAGUGUGCACGCUCACAGAUAUGCAGUACGUGAUUUUCCACGCUUCAGUUGAUUCUCGCGAAGGCUAUGCUUUCCAGGAGUAUUUCAUACGGCACGUAGACGGAUGCGCGUUGAACACAGAGGGGGAGGAGGAACGAGUCAUCAACUGCUUAGAGGCCGCCAUAGAACGCCGAGUUUGCGAGGGCGUCCGGCUAGAACUGCGCGCGAAAAACAGAGUAGGUUUGCUGUCGGACAUAACUAGAGUUCUCCGGGAGAACGGCCUGGCGGUGGUUCGGGCGGACGUGGCGACGCAGGGAGGGAAGUCGGUGAACGCGUUCUACCUCCGGGACGUUUCUGGCAAAGACGUGGACAUGGACUUCGUGGAGUCGGUGAAGAGGGAGAUGGGGCCAAUCGAUCUGGCGGUGAAGAACGAAGAGUCCUUGAUGCCGAUGGCCUCGAGCGAUGCCAAUCAGAGAUCUCGAUUCUCCAUCAGCGGCAUGUUGAAGUCUCAGAUCGAGCGCUUCUCUCACAACUUCGUCGCCAUCAAGUGAUUUUGAAUUUGACUGUAACUGCAUGUUUCCAUUGUAAAUAAAGAACGCGCGUCUAGUUGUCUGUGAGUAGGGUUGGGUUCGGUUGUAAAUAAUGAGAUUCUACUCGGCUAGGGCUAGCUAAUUGAUUUUUUUAAUUCAAUUAUUCUGUGAAACAUUUUCUGAGACUA